ACCUGAACUAGACGCGUGUCAGUAAGAUGAAUAACGUUUUUUAUCGGUUGACAUGUCAGUGAACUCAAAGGUCGUUUUAAAGGUGCAAUCGGGGACCUUUGAUAUGGUUAGGCUAUAAUAUGUAAUAACAUGUAUCUGUCGAAAAUUCUACGUGAAAGAAUAGGGAAAUAUCUAUUUUUGUUUUCUCUAUGGACGGCAGUGGUCUCACACAGGUCCAAUGUUGCACGUCCAAAAGGUGUUCACUUCAGCUCCAUGAACCUGAAGAAUGUUGUCAAGUGGCAUCAUGGGGAAGACUCCCCAAAUGACACACAUUACAUGGUGGAGUAUGCAAUCUAUGGUGACAUGGUGGAUGGUGGUGGAAGAAAGGUGCACUGGAGGGUGAAGAAGGAGUGUGUAGACAUCCCACAGACUUGGUGUGACCUUUCCAAUGAGACCACUGACCUGGAUGAAAACUACUUUGCCAGAGUCAAGGCAGUGGGCACUAACAUAUCCUCCAGAUGGACAUUAACAGACAAGAGGUUUGACCCCAAAGCUGACACAAUCUUUGGACCUCCACAUGUAAAACUUGUGGUGAAGGAGAAUCGUGCAAAAGUCAGGCUGAAGGGUCCAAUGAGAUGGAAGACUGGAAACCUGACAAAAGAGUAUUCAAUGUUGAAAUUCUUCCCUGGGAUGACGUAUUCCUUGUUUGUCUAUGACAACAGGAGCAACCAAACGAGACACUUCCCUCUGAAAACCAAGUCCUUUGAAUGUGGUCUGCUAACAUAUGAAACCCAGUAUUGCUUCUCAGCCAAGGCCCAGUACCUAACAAGUCCUAGCCAUGCAUCUGAAUGGGAGUGUCUAACAACUCCAAGAGAUCCCUUUUAUGAUCAGCUAUUACUGAUGGUGAUGGGAGUCGCUGUUCCAUCACUCAUCUGCCUCUUCAUACUGCUCAUAAUUGGAUGCCUGGCGUACCACUUUAUCUGUGGUACAAAACAACAAAGUCCCUCUUUCCUGGCGAUAUCGAACAUCCCAAAGCCACAGCAGACCUUCUGUCCUGAGCAGGCCGUGACAGUCAAUGUGAUACUGGUCAACAUGGCCAAGCCCAGUACUGUCCCUGCCCUUAUCCACCAGCCAGAUAUGGCGCCUCUACUACCCUAUGCAGCCCACCAAGCCCCUGACAGAGAGGAGUCUCCAGAGGAGCCCUGGGAAAGGGAUUUAUGGCAGGGCCAGCCUGAGACCCUGGACUAUGGCUUUGUCGGAGCAGAGAUGCCAGAAAUAAGGGAAACCAAAGCAUCUGAUAUUGAGGAAACCCUGCCCCUGGGUCUCAGCCAGAGCAACCCGUAUGUCGCACAGAAAUGUGCAUCACGUUCCCAGGAGCCUUUGGAUAAUAUUGUUUUCACUGGGAUCUGUUUAGAGAGGGACCCCGAGACAGGGCUCUUUAGGAUUCCACUGCCAAAUCUCGGGGGGGAGGGCAAAGGUUACAAAGAGCCUGAUCAGGUUCAGAGUCCCUAUGCACCACAGUGUCUCUCAGUCAGCGAGACCCCGGAGCGGGACCUUUGGGAAGAAAAGGCUGAUGACCCUCAAAUUUACCCCUCUGACUGUGGAUUUGUGGGAUCAAUUCCAGAGCAGCAGGUGGGGACCAGCGAGUACCUGAUGCUGUCUGACAGGAGGGAUACUGAGCCACCGCAGCUUCUGUUUCCAGAGGAGUCUGAGGAAGAAGACGAAGGGGGUAACUGUGUUGACUGGAGCCCCACAACAGGGAUCCUCCAGAUUCCUCUGCUCUCCCAGACUAUGCUAGAGGUGGAGGUGGGGAGGGAAAAGGACACAGAGUCGGAGCAGAUGGAGAUCUUGCCCAGUGUGAUAGUGAGACAGUCCUCAGAGGAGAGUGAGGGUGAGAGUGACCUGACUAAACUACAGAAUGUCUGGAAUCUACAGAUCAUGGAGAACUAAUGUGUUGGGUUAUGUUUUUGGGAGGGAUGAGUUAUUACCGACUAGUAUAACUAUUCACAAUUCCAAAUGUUUUGUGUACAGAGCGUGAAAGAAAAAUGCAGAGUGCUUAUGUAACAGAUUUUAGGUUUUAUGUACAAAGCAUUUUAUUAGCCCAAUUCAAUGAAGGAAAUAUUUUUUAGUAACAUCUUUUAACCAUGUGUUUUCUAACAGCUAUAGCAUAGCAUUAUAGCAUUGUUGUUUGUCUGUUUUGUAUAGUUUAUAUGAAGGCACAUGCAAUGAUACUUUAGUUCCUGAUGAACAACCAGAACUGUGCCUGUAAAAGUCUCUAAUCAUAUGUUGUUUUAUAACAAACUGAAACAUACUCUCCUCAUCUGCAAAGUGUAGUAUGCACAGUAUGUUCUGUUCUUUCCAUAUGAAGAAACCACGUAAGGAAAUUGUUGGACUGACCUGAAUGCAAAUUCUUUUUGGUUUUCUCAAACAAUUCACAUGCAAUAUUGACUUUACUAUGUAAACUGACUUUUAAAUGCAGUUAGCAAUUGACUCCCCAAGGACAAUGAAAACACUCACAAUCACCUUUUUGAAGAAGUCUACCAGUUAGAAUAUGAACAGAGGGACCUUUUGUUUUUGGUUCUUCCAAAUGGCCACAUUAAAAGGGAAGUACAUUUAUACAGCCAAAAGGCAUCCACAAAGAUCUGCCUCCUAGAAACCAAUGGUUGUUUAAUAUUUAGCUAAAACGACUUUAAGGACAGAACCAGAUGAACCAGAACCAGAAUGAUCUGCCACUCUGAUACACUCCUGCUUCCUCAUUUACAGACUCCUUAGUUAAAUAUUUGUUUGGUUAAAUAUUAAAUAAAUAUGCCAUGUUUUAUUUUGUA